GUGACACAGCCGGUUUCAUAGUUCUAGCGAUUAUCAGGUUCUAACCUGAUUGGUAUCGACUUGGAGAGCAGUUAUGAACGAGUGAAAUCGUCCACUAGUCAGACUUACAAAAUACUACCUCUUAAAUAUGUGAAUCGAAAACGACGUUAUCCGAACUCCAGCAUACUUAAGUAGAUUGUACAAUGGUGGAUGAGGUGGAAGGUUUUUUUGGUGUGUAUAUGCUAUUUUGCACUAACACCAUAAAGCGCCUAACUGGGAAAAUUUACAUCGGUAAAACUGUAGAUCCAGAGCGAAGGAUCGACCAACACAACGCCGGUAGACAGAGAGGUGGAGCGAAAAAGACCAGUGGCAAAGGACCAUGGGAGAUGGUUCUAAUAAUCCACGGUUUUCCAUCGGCCAUAGCUGCUUUGAGGUUUGAGUGGGCAUGGCAGAAUCCCGACAGAUCGCGCCGGUUGGCGCACGUGGAAAUAAAUAUAGGAAAAGAAACCAGUCUGCAAUUCCACUGGCGCAUUGUAUCGCACAUGUUGCAGGUGGCACCAUGGAACCGCUUACCACUCACAGUGCGCUGGUUGCAGCCCAAAUACCAUCUUCACUUUGACACGGGGUUGUGGCCGCCCUCUCACAUGCUUAUAGCCUUCGGCGCUGUGAGGGCGAAGAAGAAGACACCAGAUGGAGAUGCCGUCGCUGACCAGCACGGGGGACAGCAAGAACAGCUGGACAAGAAGGAACGAUGCAAACUUUGUUUAGGGAUUGUGAAGCCCUCAGAUAAAUUGUCCUGCUUCCUGCCACCAUGUGACACCGUGUGUCACCUGAUUUGUCUGGCCAAGCACUUCCUCAAAGCAGAACACGGCAACCACUGGCUGCCUGUAGAGGGCCGAUGUCCUGGCUGCCAGCACUUACUGCUUUGGGGAAAUCUCAUUCGUCAUAAGAAUGGCUAUGAGCUGGAAGAAACAGCAAGAGCUCCAUCAUCACCCCAGGAUUGUGACCUCGAAAUGCCUGCCUUUCUUAAACCCAAGUCAUGUGCUGACGAACUGCAGAUCUGACCAGUUACUUCAUCACGGCAGUUCCUGUGGAGAGAGAGACUUCCCACCCACUCAGAGUCACAGGCCUGUGUUGACCAGUGAGCAGUGUCUGAGGUUUGAGGUUCGAUGGUUGACCCUUCCCCUCAAAGUUUGGCUGGGACAGCAAAACUUGGCCUUGUGAUUUCUCCUCCUUCAAGUCACAUGAACUGACAUGACCCAUAGAUGUGCAUCAGUGGACAUGGACAGAGAUAAGGCAGAAGUUUCUUGUGAACAGAAAGUAACAUUGACCGCGAAAAGGACGCAUCAAGUUGGUGUGGAAGAGAAAGAGAAACAUGGUCCUUAAAUGCAGGGCCGCUGACAGCUUUUGCUGGGUCCUGGACAAAGUCAUUCAUACAUACAUACAUACAUACAUACAUACAUACAUACAUACAUACAUACAAUGAAAUGGACACCCAAUUUUGGACCCCCACUCUACCUGGGCCCGGGACAAAUUACCCCCCCCCCCCCCCCCUUCAAUGAACUGUAUUCUUGUGCGAAAAUUCAGAUGUCCAUUUACUUUUAUAAUAAAGUU